AUACACUUGAGACGGCGACAUAGAGAGAGAGAGAGAGAGAGAGAGAGAGAGAGUUGGCGCUGCUGCCAGAAAUCGGCCAAUCCAUCGGGAAAAAAAUGGCAACUUCAAUCCCUUAUUCACCUCUUCUCUGUGCGCCAAUUCCAAGGAGACGAACUCCGACGUCGCAGUCUCUCUCCUUCUCUUCUUCCAACUCUUCCUUCUGCAGCAACACCGCCUUCUCCCAUCGAAGCAGCCCUAGCCGGGUCCGGGUUCUACGGAGGACCAACCGAACGGGCGGUCUCUCCUGCAACUGCCUGUUUGGGCUUGGGGUGCCGGAGCUGGUCGUCAUCGCCGGCGUCGCCGCCCUUGUUUUCGGGCCCAAGAAGUUGCCGGAAGUCGGCCGCAGCAUUGGCAAGACCGUCAAGAGCUUCCAACAGGCAGCAAAGGAGUUCGAGACAGAGCUGAAAAAAGAGCCGGAUUCCACUGCAGAGCUUCCUGCGGAGAAACCCACAGCAGCCAGUGAGGAGGAGAAAGAAGCCAAGGUCCCAAGCACAAAGGAGAAUUUAUGAUACUGAAGGAUUAUCAAUCCAAUUUGUGCAAUUUCCAUGUUCUUGCCCCACUAAUGAUGUUUUUGUCAGAUGUAGAGAAAACAACGCUUAUUUACAAGGUAAUGUUAUAUAGUGGCACGGAUGAGUUGAAUUUCUA